UAUAUUAUUAUUCACAUAGCAGACACAGUCUAAUCGUCGAACCAUAUGCCUACUUUAGUAAAUUACAUUAAAUACUAAUAAAUAUGAAAUGGUCCAAAGUCAUUUCGACAGCGUGCGCAUUGGUAUUCGUGAGUCUUUCGUACUUAACGGAAUGCUCCGGAGCUCCUCCGACAGCGACGUCGCGGUCCUCGGCAUGCAACUCAACCAAGCCGAUUAGCUCGAAGUGUGCGCCUCUAGUUCGGUGUACGACAUUGAAGCCAAAAGUUUUUCCAGGUACCGCCAUCGCUGCUGCGUUGACCGAUCUCUUAAAGACGGCCGCCAACGAGCACCAGAACCGGCCAACCACACCACAUCAAUUUCCGGACGUUCUGCGAACUUUCGUCCGGUUCAUCGGAAUUGUCGUCUCACCACCAUCACCACCAACACCACCAACACCACCAACACCACCAACACCACCAACCUCGACAGCACCAUCAACCCCACCAACUUCACCAUCCUCUCCAACACUACCAAACGAAAUCGACGAUUCGACUACACCGCCAACGACAACAACCCCGUCCGCCCCGAUAAUCACCUGUCCACCAACGAAUCCUGGGUCAUUAAAAAAACUGAUGUCUCUAUUUGUCCCUGCAUCUGCCAUCCCAUCGACGACCGCACGGCCAUGGUCAACCGUCACGUUACCACAGCUGUUUCGAGUAGCCGGUUUGUAAGAUGGACUAAUAAUAAAAAUAAAUAAAACUAGUCGUCUUCAUUAUACCAUUCGCGUAUUUUUUUAUUUUGUAAUGCCUGUUACAAUAUUGUAUUAUUAGCUAGGCGAAUAUUAUAAAUAAUAGGUUUAUGAUUUAUUUUUCGCGAACAUUUUUUUGUGAACUCAAAGUCGUUUUAAACAACUCGACGGAAGACACCUCAAUAAUACCAGACACAUAAUGUUGCAUUUACAUUUUACGUAUUAAAUAUUAAAAUAUCUAUAGUAUUUAAUUAGUGUAUUAUCUGUUGUGUUAUUAAACAUGUGAAGAUGGGUUUCUUAAUAUGUCAUCGAUUAUUAGUAACAGUAGUGGUGUACUGGCGUACAAUGGCCUAUUAAUUAAUAUUACGAAAUUACUAUUAUGUGUAUAAAACUAGAAAACCUUACAAUAUAUACAUAUACGUGAAUA